GCUUGAGUCAUUUUUGUGAGGAUUCAGCAUCCUCCGGGCGCUGCAGCAGCCCUCCCCCUCUGCAGCCUCUCCAGCCGAAUGCCCGACAUGCAAACGGAAGCAGGCGCUACCAUUUUGAAAUACAGCACCGCCUAGCGCCAUGGACAAGAGCCACACAGUGAAGCUCUUCGUGGGCAACCUGGCGUUGGACACCACCCAGGAGGAGCUGUCGGCCAUCUUUGAACCCUACGGCCAGGUGGUUAGCUGCAGUGUGCUGCGACAGUUUGCCUUCGUCCACCUGCAGGGGGAGGGUUCGGCGGAGCGAGCCAUCCGGGAGCUCAAUGGACGGGAGUUUCGUGGACGGAAUUUGGUGGUGGAGGAGUCGAGGGGUAGGCCGUUGCACUCCACCAAGGUGUUUGUGGGUAAUCUGAGUGGGAUGUGCACCACAGAGGACCUACAGCAGCUGUUCCAGACAUUUGGAAAAGUUCUGGAGUGUGAUAAAGUCAAAGCCAGGCAUUCCUCUUCCGCAGGCUAUGCCUUUGUCCACAUGGAAAACAAGGAAGACGCGCUCCAGGCCAUCGAGGCCCUGCAUGGCACCUCGUUUAAGGGCCGCCCCCUGUCUGUAGAGCUGUCCAAGGUCCAGCCUAGCAAGCAAGCGCCUACAGGAAAAAUCCCCUGUGUUAACUGUGGAAAGCAGGGCCACUAUGCUGGAGAAUGCCCUGUGGGAAAGCCUUCUCUGGAGCAGUACCAGAGUCAGGCAGCGGUCCUGGCUGCCGCUGCUGCCGCAGCCGCCGGCCUGCCACUACAGGUCCAACAAAGCGUGCACAAUUCAGUCUACAACACCUCCACGUUUGAUCCCACAUAUGCAGCUCUCACUGGGAUCACCACAGGCACACGCACUGACGGAAACCCAGUGAAUCCAGCUGUUUAUGGUGCCCUCGCCAGCCAGGUGUAUGGUGCUAAUGUUGCCAGUCAGCUUUAUGGAACGGUGGCCAAUCAGGCAGCUCUGACAUCAGGCGCCACCCAAAUGUACAGCUCGAUGACCCCCAACAUCUAUGGCCAGAUGGCUGCAAAUGCCGCUGCUGCCUACUCACCUCAAGUUUAUACCCCAACUAUGGCCAACUCCCAUGUCUAUCUGACUGCAGCUCAUGGAAUAGAUAUGCAGACAGCAGCAGCUGCAGUCAACCCUGCUUACACUGUAUCUCCAGCAAUUUAUGGCGCUGCGGCACCAGCCUACGCUCACAUAAGCGCCAUGGGAGCAGCGGACCCUACUACAGCCAUCUUCGAGGCAGCCAGGCAGGCACAUUACUUUGCCCAGGGCCAACAGGUUAUGGCUGACCAGCAGACAGUGGCUGCCGCAGCAGCCGCGGCUGCAGCAAAGUCUGGUGAGAGGGACCGUAGUCCCCUACGGAGGUCAGUACCUCUGCUUCCAGACCCAGUGAUGAAGCCGUUCAUGUACCAGAGAGCCAAGCCGCGCCGACCCCUGCUCCCUACGCCGGCUGGCCGAGCGGCAGAAGAGGCUGCAGAGGCUGCAGAGGACCCCAUGGCCAGGUACUAUGCGGAGUACUACCAGCAGCUGCAGCAGUACCCCCAGUUCCAGUAUGCCUACCCACCACCGAGCGCAGUGACCGCCAUCCCUGGCAUGCCGGGAGUGUCAGCGGUCCCGACUGUUUCCGCGAUGUCCGCCCAGUCCGUAGCUGCGCUGGAAGCCCUCAGGCCAGUGGUUCCAACCGCUGCGGCAGUGGCAGCUGCCAUGGCUGCGCCAAGGGUGUAUGAGCCGCCGUUGCCGCCGCCCACGCGCAAGGAGGCCAUCCUCCGCCGCCCCGAACUCUCCCUUCACACGCCUGAGCCCCCCUUCCGAUAGUCGCACACAACUCUCUGCUCCCACCCCUUCCUCUUUGCCCUGAACCCUAUACCCCUAUCUCCUCUUCCACCCCCAAACCUGACCAUCUUACAGCAGCUGUGUGUAUGUGUGUGAGUGUGUGUAUCUGGGGGAAGUGUAAGGGAUGGGGAUUGAAAGUGGGGGCUUCUUGGUUUAUUAACCUGCUUUACAAGGGACUUGGUCAGCUAACCUUGGUCCUGUUUGCAUACACACAGUGCAGCCGUGUAAGGGAGGCUCUCAUCUGUUGUACGGGCAUUCUUUAUGCUUCUCAGUUUUACGUUUUUAUCGUGCCAGUCUCACACUUGUGCCAGUAUUAGACUGACCCAGUCAGUUGUUUCAUAUGCCUUUAUUUCCGCAACCCAGUUAUGGUUUUCUAUGGCCAAAUCUACGAUAAAAGACAUUGGUUUUUAUCAGCCAUCCUCCUUAGGCCUAGAUGAUCAGUUAGGGCAGCUAAUUUGAAACCUUUUUUGCCUUAUGUUGGAAAAAAUGUAAUCAGAUGGGAAGUCAGAUAAACACAUAUUGUGCACUGGCUGCAUUGCAUUGUGUCCAAUAGAACCAAGGUUGAUGUGUUUUUGGGGGGAGGGGUGUUGAAUGUGAUGUGGAUGUAGUAAGUGUGAAAGAGAGAGAGAGAUAUGUGCGAGCUCCUGACCUUGCAGCGCACAAAUGCAGCAGCUUAGACUGCACCUUGCAGAAAAACAAAACGUAAAGCACACAUAAUACAUACUGCAGUGUAUGUUUGGAUCUCUCCUUGACCCCUUUUCCCCACCUGUACUCUAACUACAACACUCGAAGACACUGCUUCACCUCUCUUUCCAACUACAGUUGCCUACCUCUGACAAUAAAUUUCAACGUAGA